GGACAUUGUUCGUGAGCGGACUGCCUAUGGACGCCAAGCCGCGAGAGCUGUACCUGCUGUUCAGGGCGUACGAGGGGUACGAAGGUUCGUUACUGAAAGUUACCAGCAAGAACGGGAAGACUGCAUCGGUUGGGGUCGAUUGGAUGACACACCCCCACGGCUACUCACCUACGGUUUACACGAGCAGUCCAUUAGCUCAGCAUUACCACUGGCCGGGCUUAGAAGGAAGAGACCACAGGGAUGUUUUCGUUACGAAGCCAGUUGGAUUUGUGACUUUCAACACCAGAGCCGGCGCGGAGGCGGCCAAGCAAGACCUGCAGCAGGGCGUCAGGUUUGACCCGGACAUGCCCCAGACCAUCAGGCUGGAGUUUGCCAAAAGUAACACGAAGGUUAGCAAGCCCAAGCAAGCCGCCGCGAAUGCCGCCACCUCGCACCCGACUCUCAUGCACCCUCUCACUGGACACCUGGGUGCGCCCUUCUUCCCCGGCGCGCCCGAGCUGUGGCACCACCCGCUGGCCUACUCGACGGCCACCGACCUGCCCGCCGCGGCGCUGCAGCACGCGCUAGUGCACCCGGCGCUGCACCCGCAAGUCCCAAGCGACUGGUGGGCGAGCUGGGACCCGGGGGCAGCAGCGGUGACCGCCGCGACGCGUGUGUUGCAGCCGCCGCUGUCCAUACCGCACCCCGCGGCUGCCCUCACCACCAUCCACGCCUCGCUGCCGCACUUCCUGCCCUCGCCGGCGCUAGCGUCGCCCGUCGGCUCGUCCUCGUCGCAGCACGGCGUCCAAGCCGUCAACAACGCACCCUGCUCCACGCUAUUCGUCGCCAACCUGGGCCAGUUCGUGUCUGAGCACGAGCUCAAGGAGGUGUUCAGCAGUUUCCCUGGCUUCUGCCGCCUUCGCAUGCACGGGAAAGGUGGGUCCCCGGUGGCUUUCAUCGAGUACCACGAUGUGAGGUUUGCCGCCCAAGCCAUGAGCACCCUGCAAGGCUCCUUCCUGCUCUCCUCAGACCGCGGCGCCAUUCGUAUCGAGUACGCCAAAAGCAAAAUGGCAGAGGGACCCCGGGGAGAAGAAAAUGGACAGUCUUAAUUAUCCAUUCCUGCAGAUCAGCACCUGACACCGGCAAGCCCCAGUCAGGCGAACUGAGGCGACCACACGUCGCAACAGUCUCCUCAGCGGCGACUCAGCACAAACUUGUAUCUUGCCUGUGUGCAACAUCAAAUACUUUAGUAACCAUUUCUUUAGCUUGUUGGUUUCUUUGUUGAUCUGUUAGUCUGUUACUUUGCUGGCUAAAUAAAGAGUACAUUUUGUUCUAAGGGUGAUAAAAAAUAUUGAAAUAUAAAACUUGAACAAGAAUUUGGUUUUGUAAAGGGGAAGUAAAAUUAAAAUUAAUUUUACAUGCCCUGAUCCUCACGUUGAAGAUUUAUAAUUAUGUGUGGAUACAAAGGGUUCAUAAAAUCGACUUUGUUUCAAAAUUUUAAUGAGAGUAAUUACAAAAAUGGUUUUACUUAGUUGACAGAUGUGCAAAAAAUUUUCAGUAUAGUUGGGGUGAAGUUUGAAAUAUAAGAACUCUAAAAUAAUUGUGCAGGCUUGAAACCAAAGGUGCCCUAAGAGUUAUGUUUUAGAUUACUUAUUUAAAAUAAAGUAGUUAAAUAAAUAUACUGUUUAAACAGUGAUGCAUGUUCUGAAUAAUUUUUAAGUUUUUUGGGUACUGAAAAUAAAAAUUAACAAGUAUAAAUAUAUUGUAUCUGUAGAUUUUCAUGGCUGUUUGUGUGCAGAUUCCAGUAGACAAUCCUGGUAGAUUUAGUUUUCAAUUGACUGUGUACUACCUUAGCCACUGACACUGUAAAGCACAGUGAGUAACUGCGAGUUUUUAAACCUUUCAUCUGAGAAUAUUGGUAUCAUACUCCCAGUUUUGGAUAGUUAGUGUAAUUUAUCUAUUAUUCAUAGCAAUAAAUAUAAAGUUGUGUAUGUUACAUUAAAAGCAUGCAGAAGAAAGCAGGGUUUUCAUUUACAAAAUUUUAACAGUAUAUAUUAUGGUAGGUACUAAAGUCUAUAAUUAGCUUAUUGUUACAUUCACAAAACUGGUGUUUUACAUAAUUUCUAAAAGACAUACAACAUUCCAAAAAUGUUACAUAGUACCGUAAUGUAUCUUAAAAAGUUGGAUUCAAUAAGGUAAAAAUUAUUUUAAUAUAAAUAGAUACAUAACUUGAUAUUAAAUGAAAAAAUGUCUAUAAAUAACUUAAAUAUAAAUUAGUAGUAUACAUAAAAUUUAAUUUCACGAUGAGUUAAAAAAAUUAUCAAAAAUAAGCCAAAUGUAAUUUGUAAAAUAAAUUCACACUUACCAAUAUUUUACCACGCAGAAGCAUAUCUGAUUAUUCAUAUCAUGGCCUGCAUUGUUGUCCUACUUUCUUCUGUAACUGCAAAAUUUUAGGUGUAAGAUAAUUAAUCAGCGUAGGGUUACAGUAAUAAUACCAAGCCAAUGGAGCAUUAGUUUAGGCCGUUCGCCUUGUUUUUUUGGUUAUUGUGUGAUACAUUCUCCAUAUGUGGCUAGAUAUGAGGUGUAUACAUAAAUAUGUGGUAUAAGAACAGUCAUUCCAGUGACCACCUUUUAAAAGAUGACAAAAUAUUGUUCACAUUAGUUGUCUACAUUUCUAUAUGUUAAUAGUUACCUUUAAAGGAAUGAUACAGAAGACAUCAAAAAUAAUAAAUUAACCGUCAAAAAUUCAAAUAUCACACUAACUUUCAGUGUAAAGAAAGGAGUUCAGAAUUUUUUGAAAGGUGGUCAUUUUAAAAUCGAAAGGGACUAAGUACAGAAAUGUAUAAUAUUUCAAUGGCGUAAGAAAUGUACAUAAAUACGCGGUGGAAACCAAAGUUUAGAGUCGAUGCUGUAACUAUUGUUUGCCGUCGUCGGACAAUCCCACGCUCGCGUGGACAUAAGAGGCAAACGUUAACUUAACUACCAUACUGUACCAAAUACUGUAAUAUUGUUUGUGGCUUGUUUUUAGCCUGUUUAGCUGAUAAGCUUCAUGCCAUCUUAUGGUGUGUGAACAAAAAACAUGUAGAGUUAGUUUGUCAUGACGUUGCAAACUGGGAAUUAAAUUUCCUCUUUGUUAACAUAUUGUAGACUUUAAAAGCAUAAAAAAUUUUAAAAAAAUAUUUAUAGAAUCUUAUAAGUAGAUUUGCUUUAUAUGUAAGAAUUGAUGUGAUAUGAGUACCAAAUCUUUUGGUAGAUAAUUAUAUAUGAUAUAUAUUUGGGUUAUACCAUGGAGGCUCGAUUUGAUGAUAAAAAAUUUGUUAAGAAAAUUUAUUUUAAAAUAUGGGUAAAAUAAAUAGCUAUAUUUGAAUUAUUUGCUUAUGAUUAAACUUUACAGAAUCAUUUAAGUUUCUGUGUAUUUUUCUAUGAUUUUGACAAGAGACCAGAGACCUGAGUAGACACUCGCCUCGUCACUCAUAUCGAUCCUCCCAUGGUGUGCUCAUAUUGUAAGAAAAGGGCGGAUCUGCAGCACUGUGGGGAUUGUCACAAAAUGUUUGCAUGUAUAAAAUAACACAUUCAUACUGUAAAAAUAUCUGUGAAAUUGUACUUAAUUUAAACAAAAGUAGAUAAAGAUCACGGUUACAUUAUUUAAGUGACACACUAACUUUUGCAUAAUGUUGUGUAAGUGUAGCAAACCAAUGUACCGUUAUCCUUCUGCAAGUGAAUGUUGUCAUUUUGUAAGCAUUCAUUUGUUGUUCUCAAUAUAAACUCAUAAUUGUUUGUUUUGUCCAUGUAUAAAGAGAAUAUAUUACAACAAGCAUCGCAGAUACUUUUCCAAUUUCAUGCAUUUGUUAAGUCCAGCUGUGAAACACUUACUUGUAUGUACACGUGUGUUUUACUGGAAGAAGAAAUUUCCCAUGCAGUGCGGCAGAUCUGUACUGUAAAAUUUCCGUCCAUUGUUUGUCUUUUUAUCGAGAUAGACAAAACGCAGCUCAAUGCUACAGGGGUUUUGGUAGGGCAGGGAGGGGGCAAUCUGCCAACUUCUCUUCACAAGAGUGCAGAAACAAACAUAUCAGCUUAAUUAAUCAAGAAAAACAAUUAACUUUAAAAAUAUACCUGUUAUGCAAUCCGAACCUUUUGAUUGUCGUUGUAAAUGUAUUUGUUUUAGGAAUACAGUAGAUAUAUUUUAAGCAUGUAAACAUUUUUUUAAUAUGCUUGUAAAAUGGUUGCAUGAUUACAAAUUACUUUUAUUUUAAAAAAUUAAAUACUGUUUGAAUGGGGCUCAAAGUGUGAGGCAGAAACAAUUUUAUAUAUUAAAAAUUAAUACGGUAAGACUUUCUCCACAACAAUAAGUUGUAACAAAAUAUUUUCUAUUUCUAUUUUUCUGAUACCUACUACUUGUAAAAAUAAUAAAUGUCCCUGAAUGUUUGUCUGUGAUUAAGUUAAAUUGUUGAGUGAAAAUAUUUAAUUUCCAUUAUUACAAAAUCAAAAAUAAUAAAUUAUAACAAAGCUUGAAUAAUAUUUAUAACCAAAAAAUGUAAAAUUUUACAUAAACAAUAUAGUAGUUUCAGUUUUUUUUAAUAACUUCAGGCUACAUACCCUUAAAUUAAAAACAUUUAACUAUUUCAGUCCUUAAAAAAUUAGUGAAAACCAAAAUUACAUAUUUUGGCUUCAAGUCAUGUAAAUUUUUAUUAAUUUUCAUAAAAAAUUAUUACCUUUUAGGUAUAAUUUUUAAAACAUAUUUGAAAUGAAUUAACAUAUAUAAUAUAUUAUUUAAGGAUAUUUAUACGAUAUAACAUUAUAACAGGAUCCAAAUUAAUACAAUCUAGCCCAUUUGGCAGGAACAUUUAAAUAUAAGUUCAGUCAUUUUCGUAAUCUGACUAAAUGAUAUGUGUUUGCUAUGGUGCAAGAAGUAUCUAAUUAUAAGAUAAAACAGAUAUUACAUAGGAAAAAAAUGAAUAUUUGGAUCCUAUUCUAAAUGUAGUCAUUAUACAAAUUCAGAUGGAAGCUAUCACUAUGCAGAUAAUUGAGAAACAUGUUCCUGAUUUUAUAAUAUUAGUAAAAAUUCACCUUAGCAUUAUUGUAAUUUUGACUAGAUUUAUCCUUAUUUAUCCUUGAAUUGUUUAUGAUAAACUUUCUUCAACUUUUUUGUUUAAUUUUGUAAUGCCUCAAAUUAUAAAUAAUGUAGGCAAUGAUGAAGUGUGUACUUUCCUGUCAGGGUAAUUAUAACGUAAUUAAUGUAAUAAACUGUGGUUUGAGAAAAAAUUAUGUGUGAAUAUCAAACUGUUCUGUGCAUAGGCCUCUACAAAGUUAGCUUUAUAUUCUUUGCCUAGAACUAAUAUUGUGAUUUCUACGAAGCAAUGGUUGCCUUAUCGUGCUCGAGCUUUUAGAGGGCAACGUAUCUGCGUGGGUGUGUCUAUGGAAAUUAAAUUUUUUAUUGUUUAUGAUUAGUAAGAUUGAAUAUUUCUUGUAGAAUAUGUUUUUUAAUAAUUUUAAUUAUUAUUAGGUAAAUGUUAUAAAUAAUAAUUUUUAUUUCAUUUUUAAACUGCACAGCCAAAUAUGUAUGUAUGUUCUUUCUUCAUUUGGUCUAAACUGACGAUACACCCAUAUUUUAGUCAAGUAAUUGUUCAAAGUCUUACAGUGUUUUAAUUAUUUAUUUUUAAAUUCAUUUGUACUUUGUCUCAAAAUGAGCAGAAAUAAAGUAAAUGUUGUAACAAAAUUAAGAAAAAUAGGAAAAUAUUAUUUGUUAACUGAUUAUCUCCAUAGCAUCCCUGUCAAUAAAAAAACAGUUGUAAAUGUGCAUAUUAUACUGGCAUUUGUGUAACCAAUUUGAAUGAGAAUAAUUUUGUAAUUUCACAAUAGUAUUUCAAAAUGAACGAAUGGUAUGGAUGGAGUUUCUUACUUUAGCAAAUGUGUAAAUGAACCAUUGAUAAACUAUCAUGUUGUGUUGGGGUAUAUAGUUAUAGUUAAGGAAUCUACAAAAUUACUUUAAAAUAUGUUAUUUUAUAAUGUGCACACUAAGUUAAAGGAGUUUGAUUUCUCAAGUACCAUGUCCAAGUGUAUGUCAUAGUUUGAGCAUCACAGCUCUAAAAAAUAUUGUGAAAAGAAAAAAGUGUGGAAUGAAUGUUUGUACAAGUCUUUGAGCCCCUGCAAGUAACUUAGACCUCAGUCAUUGAUGUUAUUAUGCAGAAUACAUAUAAAUAUUUGUGGUUAGUGAAAUCUAGAUGCAGCAGCCAUAAUGUGAUAAUUAUCAAUGGAUGAAUAAGUUUUUUGAGAGAGUAAGUAAAAGAACUAGCCAUUCUCGCCUUCUCUAAGCAACCUGCAUUAGGACAAAGGUUAAAAAUAAAAAAAACACCACUUUCUAAACAUAUCAUGAUCUGUGCCCCUAUACAAGUGACUUUCUUAAAAGUCUUAGUAAGUAAUUGUUAAAAGAAACAGUGUUUGAUAUAUAUAAUGAUAAUACAAAGAAUUCUUUUUGUGAAAGCAAUGAGGAAGUUUACAGAGGAAUUUCCUAUGAUUAAUGUAAUUAUUGCUAUGUAUAACUACUUAUAUAUAUUUAUGGAUUUCCAAGUUUGUUACCACCAUGGUGAGGCAUACAGCUGUUUCAAAGCAGUGUACAUGUGUGUGCGUGUGCAUUAAAAGAAUUAUAAACAAACAGAAACUUCAAAAA